AAGAGAAAAACAAAGAAAACGCAAAAUACUCUGCAAAGUAUGAAACUGUGAAAUCUCUAACAACAGGCAACAAAUCAUAGCGAAACCUUGAUAAAUGCGCACGGCAAAUGUAACUGCAACUGCAACUGCAACUGCAAUUGUUACUGCAACACAACAACGAAAGCAAUACCUUAAACUGCGGCAAAGUGAUUUUUGGCAGGCCAGCUAGAAGAUAAAGUUAUAUAAAAGUUGCUGCAAAUGUAACAAAAAAAAAGCAGAAUAUAAAAAUCAGCAAAAAAAAAAACAAAAAUAUAAAGAGUGAGCAUUCCAGUGCAAGAUCUCAAGAAUGCCAGCCAGCCGCAGCCGGCAUAGGUACGGGGCAAGCAACAUUAAGAAGCAGCAACAACAGCAGCAGCAGCAGCAGCAGCCACCGUGCUACUCAAAAUCUCAAGGCAGCAACUUGUGUCAAUGUCAAAGUUGAAGUUAAAGUCAAAGUCAAACUGCGACGGAGACUACACACAAACUAAACAAAACAAAAUAAAGCUAAAGCAUUUUAAAACAGCAGACGACGCUGAAGUCGAUGUCAAAGAAGGUUGUGCUAUAUCUACAUAGUAAAUAAAAAAAAAAAACAAAUAAAAAAAAAACCAAAUAUAAAAUUAAGCAAACAAAAUUCAAUACGAAGAGAGCAAGAAGCAAGGCAAAGAGAAAGAGUGAUUCAAGGAGAGACGAAAGGCAAAGGACACACAAACAUAGCUUGAGCAAAUUUUUCAAAGAUUUGAUUUCAACGGCCCAAACUGGCAACUGGCGGCAGAGGAGAGACGACGGCGACGACGACACAAUGUCUGUGGACUUCAUACUGCCCAAUCGGAAUAAGAUACAAACGAUUGCCUAUGCGAGUGCGAGCGCAACCAGCUCGAAAAAAUACUCCGCUGGAGCUAAUUCCUCUUCGGCUUCGGCUGGCGUCAAUGAAUCCCAAUUAGUUGGCGUUGGCGUUGGCGUUGGCGUUGGCGUUGCCGUUGGUAGUGGCAGUUGGCGUCGUCCUAAACAACCCAAACAGCCCAGAUGCAGUCAGCCGACAUUGCGUAAAUUGUUAAAACCGCCGCCGCCGCUGCCGCCGCCCAAUCACCGCCAGAGCAAUGAUGGAGGAUUCGGUGGUAGAUCGAAUGCCACCGUUCUACGUAAUGCCAAUGGCAAUAAGAUGACUUUGAAGUCAAAGCGCAGUUCAAGAUCUAUGCUCAAGCGGGAGAUAAUCGAACUAGAUGACGAUGAUGAUAAUGAUGAUGAUGAAGAGGAUGUCAAUAAUGAUGCUGAUAAUGACAACAACAACAACAACAACAACAACAACAACGAUGUGGAUGAUGGCGAAGAUCAUGUUAAUGUGGCCAAGCGUAAUGAUAAUGUUGCUCGUCAUAAUGGUGUCGAGGAUCAGCUAUGUGAACAUUUGGAAUGGUCAGCAGCCCAGUCGUUGGUACAAAUGAAUUCCAAGCAGGAGAAGCAGCGACGUUUAGGAGCAACACCAACACCACCACCAACAGCAGCAACAACAACACCAACAGCAGUGGCAACAUCUACACCGACAUCAACAACAUCAGCAGCAGCAGCAGCAGCAACCAUAACAACAGCACCAACAACAACAACAACAACAACAACAACUGGAGCAGCCACAGUCCCAACUUCAGUAUCGAUGCACCGUCCAGUCGCCGUUGGUCGCGCUCCGGCCGAGGAUGGGAAGGUGAUCUUCUAUGCUCCGCCGGCAAGUGCCAGCGGAGUGGCCCGUCUGCCCGAGCCGGUGACCCUUAAGCGUGAGCGAGACCACCAGGUAGCUGCUUCAUCAUCGUCGUCCAUGUCGAUAUAUCGUGGUCGCAGCGUCGAGGAGACGGAGGCAGCCCACGAUCUAUUGUCGUUGUCGCAGAGCUUACCGCCGCUUAUACCGCCAUGUGUGGUGACCAUUAUGAAACAGGAGGUGGCCCACAAGUCACCGGAACACUUACAGGAGAUCUCGAACGCUUCCAACAACAACAAGUCCAUGGCCGCCACACAAUCGACGCAGUCGAACAUACGGUUCAUCGGCAGCAGUUCCUACGACAUAAUCCAUGGAGCGCCGGAGGCCGCCAACAAUUGCUCGCCGCUGACUCCGCCCAAUUCCGAUCAUAGCUCAGAUGUGGAUAUUGAUAUGUCCUCAUCGUCCGAAUCCGGCCAACCGCACUGGAAUAAGCAGUCCUCCUCAUUGACCUCGACAGUAACGCCUACCCAACAGCGUGCCUCCGCUCUCAAGAUGUGUCUGAAUAUGCUCGAUGGACGCACUAAGGCCAGCAAGGCGGCAGCCGGCAAAGAUAAACAAUCGCGUCCCAAGAGCCAUGGCGCCAAUUUGGGUAGUCCUGGCGUGGGUAGUAUCGGAGCAGCCUCACCAUCAUUGGAAGUUGUGGCUAGCUCUAACGGUUCCAGUGCUGGCAGCGGCGGUGGUGGUGGAGGAGGAAACGGUGAAAACUAUGCCAAACGCAAGCGUGGCUGCUACAAAUGCUCCGAGUGUGGUAAACAGUAUGCAACCUCUAGCAAUCUGUCGCGUCACAAGCAGACGCAUCGCUCCCUCGAUUCGCAAUCGGCGAAGAAAUGCAACACCUGCGGCAAGGCAUAUGUCUCGAUGCCGGCUCUGGCCAUGCAUCUUCUAACGCACAAACUCUCGCACAGCUGUGACAUUUGCGGCAAACUCUUCUCGCGCCCCUGGCUCCUGCAGGGACACUUGCGUUCCCAUACCGGCGAGAAGCCCUACGCCUGUGUCCAUUGCAGCAAGGCCUUUGCCGAUCGCUCCAAUCUGAGGGCCCACAUGCAGACGCAUUCGGGUGACAAGAAUUUCAAGUGCCAUCGCUGCAACAAGACCUUUGCCCUGAAAUCGUAUCUGAACAAGCAUCUCGAAUCGGCGUGCCUACGCGAUGCCGGAGCCAUCAAUCAAAGCAAAACCGAUGCCGAGGAUGAUGACGAUGAUAUGUUGGAUGCCGAUCUGAUGAAGCAUGAUCACGAUGAACUUGAGCACGAUGGUGAGGAGACUGUGUUGGACAGUGAUGAGAAUAGCCAGGAUAUAGUGGUAGAGUAAGGGCCCCCUUUCCCUCCCCUCCCCUCCCCUCCUCGUAUUCCAAACACCAAACAAAAAAAAACCAAAAAAAAAAAAAAAGGAAAAAACUAAAUUAUAAAAACUUUAUACCAAAAUCCUAAAAGCAAUACUCGAGCACCCUUAUAUCAAAUUAGAAAUCAAAUCAGUCAGCUUAAAAAAACAAAAAAAAAGACAAACGAAUAAAACACGGAAGAGUAGUUCGUUCGAUUGGCUAGCCGCAGGAUAAUGAUGAUGAUAAUCCAAAAUGAGGGAAAGAUGUUUUCUUAACACUUAACAAAAGCAAAAAAAAAAGAAAAAAAAAAGAAUAUGCAUAAUAUACUUAUGUACUUAAUAACUGAACUUUUCUGGUUUGGGCACUCUAACUAAACAUAUAUACAUAUAUAUAUAUAUAUAGCGGAAUG